AUGAGGACACACACAAGAGAUACUCCUCAUCACUGCUCUCAGUGUGGAAAGAUAUUUAUUCAGUUAGGGAACUUAAAAAUACAUGAGAGAAUACACACAGGAGAGAAGCCUCAUCCCUGCUCCCAGUGUGGAAAGAGUUUUAACCGGAAAGAAUACCUGAAAGAGCAUGAGAGAAUACACACAGGAGAGAAGCGAGAUAGACCUUUCCAAUGCUCCCAGUGURGAAAGAGUUUUUCCUUGUUAGCGAGCCUGAAUAUACAUGAGAGGACACACACAGGAGAUAAGCCUCAUCACUGCUCCCAGUGUGGAAAGAGUUUUAACCUGAAAGGACAACUGAAACAGCAUGAGAGAAUACACACAGGGGCGAAGCCCUACCACUGCUCCCAAUGUGAAAAGAGUUUUGCUUGGUUAGGGGACCUGAGAAGACAUGAGAGGACGCACACAGGAGAGAAGCCUCAUCAUUGCUCCCAGUGUGGAAAGAGUUUUAACCAGUUAGGUCACAUGAGAAGACAUGAGAGAAUACACACAGGAGAUAAGGAUGUAGGCUGCGGAACAGUAAAGGGUGGCUACUUUGAAGAAUCUCAAAUAUAAAAUAUAAUUUGAUUUGUUUUACA